AUGGGUUGGGAUGCAUUUGGUCUUCCCGCCGAAAAUGCAGCCAUGGAACGUGGUAUCCAUCCGGCCGAUUGGACCAAGUCUAAUAUUGCCUCUAUGAAAAUACAGAUGGAAAAAAUUCUGACCGAUUUUGAUUGGGAUAGGGAAGUGACCACCUGUUAUCCAGAAUAUUAUAAAUGGACUCAGUAUCUCUUUCUUCAAAUGUACAAAGCCGGUCUGGCUUAUCAAAAAGAAGCGGUUGUGAAUUGGGAUCCAAUCGAUCAAACUGUCUUGGCCAAUGAACAAGUGGACUCGGAAGGACGUUCAUGGAGAUCUGGAGCUAAAGUUGAAUGUAGAAAAUUAAAGCAAUGGUUCUUGAAGAUCACAAGAUUUGUAGAACCUUUAUUGAAUGAUCUUGAUACGCUAGAUAAGUGGCCGGAUCGCGUCAAGCAAAUGCAAAGAUUUUGGAUCGGAAAAUCAAGAGGCGCCGAGUUUGAUUUUGUAGUGAAUUUAAGUUCACACGAAUCUCCGUAUACGAUCAAAGUUUUCACAAGUAGGCCUGACACGAUAUUCGGCGUUCAAUAUCUUGCUAUUUCUAUGGAUCAUCCACUUAUAUCGAAAGAGUAUUUUCCACAAGAGACGCUUUCCAGUGUGUUGGAGUUUGUGGAAAUAUUUGAACAUCAGGGAACAAGACUGAAGGACGAAAAAGUUGGAAAGGGAGUUUAUGCGACUCAUCCAAUUACUGGUUCUCCGGUACCCAUAUAUGUGGCACCUUACGUGGUUUCUGAUUAUGGUACAGGUGCAGUGAUGGGUGUACCAGCCCAUGACGAACGCGACUGGGAAUUUUUUAAACAGAAUUUGCUUGAUAGCGAGGGAGAUGUCAAAAGGGUUGUCGAGCCCCCCGAACAAAGAGGUAGCUUAAAGCUGGACCCUUCAAGCAAUAGAGUUUACACAUCAUUAGGGAUCUUGACAGAUGAUUGUGGAAAAUAUGCUGGAUUGUCGAGUAAAGAGGCAAUGAAAAGAAUUGUUCACGACGCUCAGGAGGCAGGACCGUUCAGUUCACAGAAAGCUUCUGAAUUACUUCCAGUCAAUAUAUACGGUAUGUUUUUCCUUGGAAACGACACCAACGUCGCAAAUAAAGACGAACCAUUUAAGCAAUUAAUAACCCAGGGUAUGGUUCAUGGGAAGACUUUCAAAGACCCAAAAUCCGGAAGAUUCUUGAAACCCGAAGAAAUUGAUCUAACAGAUCCGAGCAAUCCAAUCCAAAUUUCAACUGGUCUUACGCCCGUAGUUACGUUUGAAAAAAUGUCUAAAAGCAAGUACAAUGGCGUUGAUCCAGAAACAACAAUAAAUAAUUAUGGUGCUGAUGCCACGAGAUUACAUAUGCUUUAUAAAGCUCCGGUGUCUGAAGUGCUCGAAUGGGAGGAAGCGAGUAUCGUGGGUAUGCAAAGAUGGAUUUUGAGAGUUAGAAGGCUUGUGGAAAAUGUAGUUUCAAAGGGACUAAGGACAAUCGAUUCAAGUGCAAUCAGUAAUCUGAGUUUGAUGAGCAAGGCCGAAAAAGAAACUUACAGGAUUAUAAAUAUUACAAUUAAAGAGGUGACAGCAGCACUUGAGGAAGGUCAUUCAUUUAACACCGCAAUUUCAUCAUUGAUAAAAUUGACGAAUCAUCUAAUUGGCAUUUCACCAAAUCUGAGCGAAAAAACCUUGCAAGAAAGGGCAACUGUCGACUCAAAUAAUUUAUCCCUAUACGAAUAUGGAGUAAGAGCAUUGAUAAAAAUGAUUUCCCCGAUGGCUCCAGCCAUUGGUGAAGAAUUCUGGGAGAUUUUAAACAAGGACCAACAUUACUGGCAGCAGCCAGUGAAUGAUGUUGAUACCGUUAAUCUUAAAAGUACGAUAUUUGAUGAAUCUUGGCCAAAAGUUGAUGAGAAAGGACUGAACGUCGAGGAAGUUACAUGCGUCGUUCAGGUGGGACGGUCUUCUCGAUUUGUCUGUGAAGAUUUGAUUGUUGGAAAUUAA